GAGGACCUGUUUGCUUCUCGCAACAAGUAGUCAGCAACUUAACAACCCCAAGUAAUUCAUUUCAUUCCGGACGCCAAUGAAAGGAAAACUGCAGACAGGCAUGGAGUUUUUCCUUCUCCCUUCCUCCUCCGCCACUUACGCUGCUUCCGCCUUCGCUGUUCUUCUCUUCCUCUAUUCCCUGCUAUGGAUUUCUACAAGUUUCCGAAAGAAGUCAGUCGGCCAAAAAAUAGCAGCCCCCGAAGCCGCCGGAGCGUGGCCGGUGAUCGGCCACCUCCAUCUCCUCGGAGGAUCCCAACUCCCCCACAGGAAGCUGGGGAACAUGGCCGACAAGCACGGCCCAAUCUUCACCAUAAAGCUGGGCAUGCACCGGACCCUGGUCGUGAGCAAUCCGGCGAUGGCCCGGGAGUGUCUGACCACUCACGACAAAGUGUUCGCCAGCCGCAGCAGAGCAGUGGGCGUAGAGCACAUGGCCUACAACUACGCCAUGUUCGGGUUCGCCCCUUACGGCCCUUACUGGCGCCACGUGCGCAAGAUAGCCGUGACCCAUCUCCUCUCCAGCCACCGCCUCGAGACCCUCAAGCACGUCUUUGAAUCCCAAGUGAAGGCGGCCGUAAACGAUAUCUAUCGGAGAUGGUCCGGAGCCAGUGGCGGUGGCGGUGGUUCAAAUGCGGUGCUGGUGGAUAUGAACGAGUGGUUUGGGGAUAUAAAUCUGAAGGUGAUUCUUAGGGUUGUGAUAGGAGAGCGAUGUUUGGAAGAUAGCAGCGCCGCCGACCAUCGGUUUCGGAGGGCGUUGGAGGAGUUCUUCCGGUUGAUGGGGUUGUUCGUGGUGGGGGACGCUGUUCCAUUUCUGAGGUGGUUGGAUGUGGGGGGAUACGAGAGGGAAAUGAAAAGAACCGCGUUGGAAUUGGAUCGCGUGAUGGAGGAGUGUUUGGAGGAGCACAAGGAGAAGAGGCCGGUUUCGGCGGAAGACGGCGUCGACUUUAUGGGCGUUAUGUUGUCCGUACUCGAGCGCGACGACGCUGUUUCGAGGCUUUCCGAUUACGGUGUCGACACUGUCAACAAAUCUACAUGCCUGGCUCUCGUAUUGGGGGGUUCCGACACCUCAACUGUGACGCUAGAAUGGGCUCUCUGCUUGCUCCUCAACAAUCCCCACACUCUAAAGAAAGCCCAACAAGAAUUGGACGCCCAGGUUGGGAGACAGCAACAACUACAGGGAACUCAUAUCAAACACUUGGUAUACAUCCAAGCCAUCAUCAAGGAGACUCUGCGCCUUUACCCCGCCGCGCCUCUAGGAGCACCUCACGAAUCCAUAGAAGAUUGCACUGUCGGUGACCACCACGUCCCUGUCGGCACACGCCUGGUGGUGAACCUGUGGAAGGUUCACCGAGACCCGCAAGUGUGGCCCAAUCCAGACGAGUUUCGACCGGAGAGAUUUUUGACAACCCACAAGGAUGUGGAUUUGAAGGGGCAGCAUUUUGAGUUGAUCCCGUUCGGCAGCGGCAGAAGAAUGUGCCCUGGAGUUUCUUUUGCUCUUCAGGUUAUGCAUUUUACACUAGCCAAUUUGCUACAUGGGUUUGAGAUUGCGACUCCAGACGGUGGCCCAGUUGACAUGGGGGAGCGUUUUGGGCAAACCAUAGCUAAGGUAACGCCACUGGAAGUCCUCCUUUCACCUCGCCUGCCUUCUCACCUAUAUGUGUAAAGUAAUUUGCCAGUUGGUGUGAUAAGAGUUUGUGAGAAGAUUUUAGGUUUCCAAUCGCUUGCUUAGUGUUUAAUAUUUUAGCUUUGACAUAAUUUUGAUUUGGGUCAAUUUAAAUAAAGUGUAACAUGAAAUUAUAUUUAACUUUUAUAAAUUUUUCAUAAAUUCAAAUUGAACAUUCCAAA